ACGUCACGCGUUUGAAAGAAGCCGGAAGUGACGUGGGGCGUAAGUGUACUUCCUUAGAUUCCCGCGAACUUGGUUGAUGCAAAUGAUAGUCUUCUAGAGCUUGCGACAUGGGUGAUGAAGAUGAGAUUGGCGGUGGUCCCUCAGGAGUUAGUGACGAAGAGGAUGAUCCAGCUCGCAGAAGAGAGAUCAGAAGCAAGUACAGGGAUCUCAUCAAUUCUGUCCAACAAAACCGUGAGGAUAUGUUGAACCCUGCUAACAAUAAACUCAUCGAUGUUUUAGAAGAGGCCAACAGACUUUUUGCCAGUGUUAAGCAGGCGCGUGAAGCAGCGCUGGACGCUCAGCUCCUGGUACUUGCCACUGAUCUAGGAAAAGAGAAAGCUAGUCAACUACAUGCCGAAGGCUCUGCAUUUGACCCCAGUGCAUUUGCAGAACAUUUGUUGUCCUUCAUGGGUCUGAAUCGUUUGGAGGAGGAGGAUGAUGAUCAGGAUGGACAUUUGAAUGGAUAUUUACCACAAGAUGCCUGGCAGAAGCUUGCAAAAAGAUCUGAAGUCUGUUUCAAAAUGGCCCCAUCAUUCCACUACAUGUUGGGCUCAUUUUUGGCAGAGCCUCCUCCACCACGUCAGCGAGUGGAAAGGCAGAGGAAGGCACCCAGCAAAGAGGCAAAACGAAUUAUGCCCACUCAGCUUAAGAAAAUGGAAGAAUCACAGCAAGAAGCUACAGAGAAGGAGGUUGAAAGGAUUCUUGCAUGUCUACAGAAAUACUUUGCAGAUGACCCUGAGGAACCCAUUUCAUAUUAUGAGUUUGUCAUUGACCCUAGCUCCUUCUCACGGACCGUAGAGAACAUCUUUCACACCUCUUUUCUCAUAAGGGAUGGUCUGGCAAAGAUCUACUUGGAUAAGGAGGGACUUCCUUGUAUAGGUCCAGUAGAAGAAGGUGAGAUAGAGACCGGUGGAGCAGCUGACCGUAAUCAGUGUGUCAUCUCCAUCAGUCAAGCCAGCUGGAAGGAAAUAAUUGAAGCCUUUGAUAUUAAGGAAGCUUUGAUUCCAGCUCCAAAAACAUUGUCACAGGAAAGCUAAGUAGGAAACAAGUGUAAAUAUGCAACAACUCCUACAAUGUUUGAAAAGUUGUUUAUGAAGUCAAAUGUUUUUUUAAUGUUUAAGAUUUUAAUUUUAAUGUGAUAUUUUUGAAGUGUGUAUCACUUGUAAUAAGUGUGUCUUGAACAAUAAAUGCCAAGUGAACUUGUCAGUGUUGACAUACGAGACGAAAGAGCUCUCCACCCUUCACUGGCGUUUCUCUGUUAAAUCUCAAAACAGUUUUUUUGGUCAUUUUUGCCAUAACAAUUGCAAUAUAGUAUGAACAAAUAUGCUGAAAUUUCCUAGAUUACCCUUUUCAUGGGUUUAUUAUUUCAUAAGAGGCGCGCAUUGUAAACCAUUAUGCAAAAUUUAAAUCUUUUUUGCAAGUCAAAACUCUUCACACACCCUUCUAGCCACAGUUUGAGAGUUAGUUUAAUCUAUCAAAAAAGCAUAUUUCCCUGUUAUCAAAUAAGAUGUUUCGUUUUAACUUAUCGAACUGAACAUUUGACAUCAAUAAAGAGAUUGCUUGUGCACAGUAUGUCUAGUAAUGCAGUUCUGUUUGGAUUUCCCUAUGCAAAUCAUAAGUCUUUGUACUAAAAUCUAGUAUGUAAAUAUGCUGACUUUGUAAAUGCAUGUAGGAUACAUGUGAAUAGCACCACCUAGUGGUCAUGUAUUGUGUUUUUGAAAUUGAUGGUGUGAUUUUCUAUUAGUAUAUACAAUGCUAUAAGUCAAAAUUUUCAAUCAGGAAAACACCCAAUUUAAAGACAUUUUAUAUAUUAUAUAAAAAUAGCAGACUAAGUCUAAAUAAAGCUACUAAGUAAGGUCCAGCUAGUUUGAGAGCAAAUGUUCGUUGAUUGUUAUGCAUUGCAAUAGUUAUAAAUAGCAAUACAUUCAUAUUUCAUAAUAAACAAUAAAUGUUUGCGGUAACUUGGGUUAAAGGGUAAAAUGAUGGAGAGAGACAAAUGCAGUUAACACAAUUUGUGUCAAAAAGUGGUUGUUUUGUGAAGCUGCACAAAUCAUUUCUGUUUAUGUAUGUCUCACAUUUUUAAGUUGCUUUUUUAAGAAGGGGGGAUAUUGUGUUAAAUGGUUGUGUGCAAAGUUUGGCAGACACAAUUAUUAUGGUUUUACAUUUUUUUACCUUAACAAAUCCAUUUUAAUGGAUCUAUGUAUAAUUUGUCAAAGUAUGUAAAGUAUGGGGAAUACUGUACUGUAGCAACUUGUUAUGCUGAGUCAAUAUUAGUUUGAUAAAGUUUAUCGAUUGUACUAAUAUUGCACUACAGAAAUUAUAGGAUGCUUUAAAAAUCUUAUCCGUUUUGCCUUGUAUUUUUUGGUUUCAUACAAAUUCAUAUCGAGUAUGUUAAUGAUAAUGUGUCUAAAGAGGUCAUAUACUGUGGAGUGCUAUCCCUGUGCACUUUGCUGUGGCCAUAUGUUCACAGAUUGGUCCAAGUUUGGAUUAAC